AUGCAGACUCCACGGCAGCAGCAGCGUCGCGACGGCAGCAAUUGGGCCGCCAGUCUCGCCUGUGGCCUCGUCCUGUUGCAGCUCUGCGUCGGCGGGCCCGUCAUAGUGCCGCAGUUCCUCACCGCGGGUACCGGAAGGAACAUCAGGCACUUGCCGUGCGUGUCACGUCGCACUGGCGAGCAGGGCGUGUGCAUGUUCGCGUUCACCUGCGCCAAGGCUAACGGCACCCACCUCGGCACCUGCAUCGAUCGCUUCUACUUCGGCAGCUGCUGCAGAAUCGACCGGGAGGCGGACGGCGCGGAGCAGCCCGGCGUCUUCGCGAUCCAGGACGGCAAUCGGGUCGACGAGGGACAACAAGCCGCCGCGGGGUUGGACAGCAACGACGUGCCCGGCAACGUCGAUCUGCAGGCGGCGGUCGUUGCCUUCCCCAAGCCGCCGACCUCCUCGUCCAGUUUCGCUACGACGGAGAGAACGACGUCGACCACGAGCAAUAGAGUCGUAGUCGAGACGACGUCGCCCAGGAGCAGUACCAGCCCUUCGUCCGGUUCGUCGACGAGCAAGAAGGAGCAUCUCAAGACUACCCCGACAACGACGACGACGACGACGACGACGACGAAGAAGUAUGCCACGAGCCCGGAGUCGACCACUCAGUCGUUCCGCAUCUCGACCUUCCAGACGGUCCAGAGUUCCACGGAAAAAUCGACCCCGUCGACGAGCUCGCUCGGACCCUUCACCACCAAGCUAUCGAACUCUUACCCCUGGAGACCCACGAGCUCGUUUUCUCGGCCGAGCUCGACCUCUACUGCAACGACUCAAGCCAGUAGCAGUAGCAGCAGCGGUGGAUAUUUCAAAACGACCACCACCACCCCCAGUGCGCCAAAGAUAACGAGCAGUCCGACUUGGACGUCGAUCGCGACCUUCCCCACGUCGCUGGCGGCCUUGUCCUCCUCGGCGGCGACGGCAACUGCGAGACCAGCGGCGGCUUCGACGAUUUCGUCGUCGAGUAGCAAAAAACCGACCCACAAGCCGUUCACCCCGUCGUUCGGCGACAGGAUAAACGCCGAUCUGAGCUCGACGAAGAAAAAAAUUCCCCAGACAACGACGACGGUCGGCGAAUCGAAAACGACCACGACCAAGGUACCGAGUAGUAGUACGCAAACGUCGACAACCGGCAGCACGAGCAGCAGCACCACGAAGAUACCGUCGAGCACGAGAUUCCCACCGAGGAACGCCACGACGCCGCGUCCGGUCACCGAGACGACGACGACGAGCUUCGUCACGAGUCAGCCGGUGAUCGCGAGCACGACGACCUCGAAGAAACCGUCGACCAUCAGAAAACCGACCAAGGGAUCGUCGACGAAGAAGCCCUCGGCUGGGACGAAGAAACCCGCCACGACUUCGACCAGCCCGGCCACUACUACCACGACGCAGGAAUCUUUGACCACCACGACGACGAACAAAGUUUGGAGCAAAAAGCCGAGCACCAGCGCCGCGAGUUCGACCGGCACGAAAAAGCCGACGACGUCGAAGAGACCGACGACGACCAAGUACCCGACUUACGUGACGAUCAAGCGAAACCACACGAGCUCGAGCCCGAGCUCGACCACGACCACGACGACGGCUUGGAUAUCCUCGUCGACUCCGUCGAAAUUCAUCGUGACGACGGCCAGACCCUCGACGACCUCCAGCCACAAGUUCACGCCUACGUCGUCCUCGACGAUCGUCAUCGGCAACACGUCGCCUUUCCAAAAGUUCACCACCAAGCCCUACGUGUAUACGAGCAGCAGCAGCAGCACAACCCCAUCAAUUUCGACGGCAACGAGCCCUGCUGGACCCUCGUCAACGACACAUAAGGUGCAGUUCGAUAAGAUCGGCGCGAGUUCGACGUCCAACAAGCCCAGACCGUCGUCCAUCCCGACGACGACGUUAAAGACGACGACAUCGAGCAGCAACAGAUUCACUAGCCCACCGGAGCCGGACGAGACGACGGCGACGACGUUCAUCACCUUCACCGAGGAGGAGGAGGAGGAGGACAGCGCCGAGGAGAUCAUCACGCCGCCGGGUAUCAUAACGUGGACCUCGUUGUCCGAUAGCGGCGACGUCGUCGAUACGUCAACCAAAGAUAACGACAUUUACGCAGACACCACUGUGAAAAACUGGAUUUCAACGUCCUCUUCGUCGACGACGACGACGACGGCGAGCAAGGAAACUACCACGGAGAGAGCAACGACCAAGACGACGACGCCCAAGGCGACGACGACGACGACUUCGCAGGCGACUACCACCACAACGACCACGACGACGUCGUCGACGAGUCCGAGCACGUCGACGAGUGCUACGAUCAAAACAACGAGCUCGACGACACCCGCACCGGCUAGACCAACGACGCAAUCGACGUCGUCCUCGAGCGAGUACAUAGACAAAUUGUCGACCUUCGCCUCGGUCACGGUCGCGCCCGACGUCCAGGAGUUCCCGGCCUUGAACAUGUCCAACUUCAAACACGUCUGCGGUAGGAGACUCUUCCCGGAGCCCAAGAUCGUCGGCGGCGACGGCAGCACCUUCGGCAAGUGGCCUUGGCAGAUAUCCCUGAGGCAGUGGCGCACGUCGACCUAUCUUCACAAGUGCGGCGCGGCUCUUCUCAAUGAAAAUUGGGCCAUCACCGCGGCUCACUGCGUUCAAAACGUCUUGCCGUCGGAUCUGCUGCUGAGGAUCGGCGAGCACGACUUGGGCAACGAGGACGAGCCGUACAACUUCCAGGAAAGGCGAGUUCAAAUUGUCGCCAGUCAUCCGAACUUCGAUCCGCGCACCUUCGAGUUCGAUCUGGCGCUGAUGCGCUUCUACGAGCCCGUGCUGCCUUUCCAGCCGAACGUCCUGCCGAUCUGCAUUCCCGACGACGACGAGGAUUACGUCGGCCAGACGGCCUACGUCACCGGCUGGGGUCGCCUCUACGAGGAUGGCCCGCUGCCGUCGGUACUGCAGGAAGUCGCCGUACCAGUUAUAAAUAAUACCAUCUGCGAGGGCAUGUACAGAAACGCCGGCUACAUCGAGCACAUACCGCACAUAUUCAUAUGCGCCGGCUGGAGAAAAGGAGGCUUCGAUUCCUGCGAGGGCGACAGCGGAGGUCCGCUGGUGAUCCAGCGCAAGCGUGACAGGCGCUGGGUGCUGGCGGGCGUCAUCAGCUGGGGCAUCGGUUGCGCCGAGCCCAAUCAACCGGGCGUCUACACGCGCAUAUCCGAGUUCCGAGAGUGGAUCAAUCAGAUAUUGCAGUUCUAGACGAAAAGAUAAAACGCAUAACAGUAUUUUCCAUAUUGUGUUUUUUUUUUUUUUUUAAAUUUUCUACGUCCGGUAGGAAAUCGAAUGUAUCUCGAUAGGCCGC